GAUUUAUUCCCCAGCCAAGAUGGCGCUGCGCUUGACAUCUUCUGGUGUGCUAAGGAAUUGGUUUGAGUUAAGGGUCAAUAAUGCGAUGAGUUUUGUCACAACAGCGUUCCUCUGUCGACGGCGUCCUCCUUUGGGUCCAAUGCCGAAUGACGAUAUUGAUGUUCAAAACAUAGACACGAUAGAGAAAUAUCGCAGCUACAAUCGCUACUUCAGUCGAGCUGAAGAGGCCAAGAACAAGCCGGUCUGGUGGAAGACCUACCGAGCGUAUGUGGAGAAAGAGGAUCCCGAACACGGUGCCACGCGGGUGAACAUCGGCCUACCUGGUGAUCGACCCUCCAGAAGCAUUCAACUGAAGGAGAGGAGGCAGAGGGUGAAGGAGAACAAGAAAAAUGUCCAACUGGAGAGGGCGUGUCGUCUACGCACGUUCAAGAUAUCUCUGGAUGAAGUGCAGCAAAUGUGGGAGAAGAGCAGUGGUCCCUUUCAUAUAAGGAGACUGGCUGACCACUAUGGGGUCUUCAGGGAUCUUUUCCCCAUGGCAUAUUUUCUGCCUCGUAUCCCUCUGCGCAUCGGUUAUGGCCAACAAAUGAGUGGUCAAGUGCAUUAUGGGAAUCAACUAACACCCGCACAAACAGCAUCUGCUCCUGUGGUCAGCUUCAAUGCGGAUGAAGGCUCCCUUUGGACCCUCCUGCUCACCUCCCCUGAUGAACACCUUCUGAAUAAUGAAGCGGAAUACCUGCACUGGCUUGUCGGGAACAUACCAGGUGGAGCGGUAGAGGCUGGAGAAGAACUAUGUGACUAUCUACCUCCUUUUCCCGCAAGAGGAACGGGCUUCCACCGCUACAUUUACGUUCUUUUCCAGCAGGAGGGGCCCAUUCCCUUCCAGGAAGAUUUGAAGCCGUCGCCAUGUCAUUCACUUGCAGACCGUACGUUCAAAACAGUGGAUUUCUACAGAAAGCACCAGGACAGCAUGACACCAGCGGGUCUGGCGUUUUUUCAGUGCCAAUGGGAUGAAUCGGUCACCAGCACCUUUCACGACACCCUCAACAUGAGAGAGCCAGUGUUUGAAUUCAUUCGUCCUCCGGUGUACCAUCCCCCACAAGUGAAAUACCCCCACGGACAACCACUACGUUACCUGGACAGAUACAGAAAUGGAAAGGAGCAAAGCCAUGGCAUAUACUGACGAGCAGAAAUGACAAAUGUACCUGACCGACAAAUAAGAAA